CUAUUAACUGCUGGUGGUGGACAGAAAACACAAAAGCAAUAAUUAUAUCCAGGAGACGACGGUGGUGACGACGACGACAACGAAAACGUUCGACGAGUGUGCUUAAUCAAAGGAGUGGCAAUCUCGCAUACAGCAUCAUCACCUGCCGCGAUCUAAUUCAUCCAUCCCCUCGAGGACCAACACCGCCGUAUCGACUGUCACCCACAAGAGACUCGCCGGGACUCCCUCAUUUCGCAGGUCAUAUUGCCUCUGUCGACGUUGUAGAGCUCCCUUACAUUCGCUCUCUCCCUCUCUCUUUUUCUUGGGCAAUUGGUGCGAGCAGGAUGGCUUCGAACCUCUCACGAUUUCUGGCUCUGGCUUCGGCCAUACCAGUCAUUCACGCAGCCGCACCCACAACUCCACGUGAUGCCGACGCAGGCACAGGUCAAGGCUUCAUUUCUUUCCCAAUAAAAAGAGGCGGAUCGACAAAGACCCUCUCAGGCCGUCAAGCCACAGCAAGUCUGGUCAAUGAGGCGGAUACAAGUUAUCUGAUCGAAUUGACCUUUGGCUCGAACGCGCAAGCCGUCAAGGUCGCCAUCGACACCGGCUCCGACGAGCUAUUCGUGGACCCCGACUGCGAAGACCCCGACUUUACCUCGGACGAGCAGCAGGAGUGCGAUGCCGACGGCACGUACACCCCCUCGACCUCGACAACCUCCAAAACUACCGGCGAGACGAGCCAGAUUGUCUACGGAUCGGGCGCCGUAGACAUCGCCUACUACAUCGAUUCGAUCGGCAUCCCCGGCGCCAGCCAGAACCUGACGAGUGUGCAAUUUGGCAAGGCGACCGAGUCGGAGGACCUGAACGAGGGCAUCCUGGGUCUUGGCUUCGGCAACGGCGUCAACCUCAACUACAGCAACUUCGUCGACGCCCUGCAGGAGCAGGGCCUGACCAACACCAAGGCCUUCUCGGUCGCCCUCGGCACCAGCGACACCGCCGGCGGUACCAUCGUCUUCGGCGGUGUUGACACCAAGAAGUUCGCGGGCUCGCUAACCUCCCUGGACAUCGCCAGCCCGGAAGACGGCGACAUCCAGCGCUACGCCGUGGCCAUGAGCAGCUUGAGCUACAAGAGCAGCAGCGGCACCACCAAGUAUUCGGGCUCGUCGCUGUCCGAGAUCGUCCUCGACACCGGGUCCUCGCUAUGCGAGCUGCCGUCGGCCAUCGUCACUGCCAUGGCCAACGACGUUGGCGCCCAGGAGGAUAGCGAGUCGGGCCUGUACGUCGUGGACUGCAACGCCGCCUCGUCCUCGGACGCCCUCGAGUUCGCCUUCGACGGCGUCACCAUCAAUGUCCCUAUGAGCGACUUUGUGCUGCAGGACGGCACCGCCUGCGUCCUGGGCGUCAUGGCCCUCGAGAGCGGCACCGGUAUCGACGGCCUGCUGGGCGACACGUUCCUGCGCAACGCCUACGUCGUCUUCGACCAGACCAAUAUGAAGAUCAGCAUGGCACAGUACACAAGCUGCGGCACCAACGUCCAGGCCAUCGCCACCGGCUCCGCCGGCGCCAGCUCCUUCACUGGCGAGUGCGCCGCGACCUCGACCUCGACCUCGAACGACAGCGGCGCCGGCGACGUGAAUCGGCCUGCAGGUGCGGCUGUCCUGGCUCUUGUAGGUGGGUUGGCCGCGCUGGUCGGGCUGCUCUAGAAAGCGAUUUCUUUUUUUUCUUCUUCUUGGGAGUACAUUAGGACAAGAGAGGAAUUGGAUACAGGGCAAGUAUAUAUAAUCUGAACCUAUGGGUCGCCUGCAGGCGAAGGCAUUUUCCAUGAGAAUUACGAGUCUAUUCAUGAGUCUAUAUCGGGGGCAAUUUUUGGCAUAAAGCCUUCCUUCUGGGUUUGAAGGCAUCGCUGCAUCGAGUCGAGUUGUAUCGGGUCCUGUUUAGAAUAGGAUAGAAGCCGUUCCUGUGUGGAUGACACAUGCGCACUUGGAAAGAAUAUCAAAUUCAGGAUUCAUUCA